ACAGGGAAUUUUUGCUGACAAGGAAACAAGCUUUUGCACCGUAGUCCAACUUUCAAUCUUCAUGGUUCUGAAGCACUCCUCUCUUCAUUGUUCAGUCUCCCUUUGAAGAUGAAAGCAGAAGCCUGAAGACAGGACAUCUCUUGAGUUGGAUCUUUGUGCUGGCUUUGUUUGCUGCUUUGGAGAGGAGGUUUCUGUAGUUCACACUUGCAAAUGACCUCUUAAGUUGUUGGACAUGCUGUAGGGGUCUUUGGAUCCACGUUCAAAUCCGAGAUGAUGUGCUAACUGUGCAAACAUCAGGAGUGGAAAUCCUUUAGGAUGAGAAUCUUAAACAAGCCCAGCAGUCUGAAGAUAAUGGCUAUGGUGAGAUCUUCACUGCAGAAAGUGAUGCUUUUUCUACAACACAUCCAAAGAAUGGCUGUCACAUCACCCCGUUAUCAGAAAUUGUGCAAGGACAUUCAGACAGAUGUUGAUACCCAGACUGAUCUUUCUAAAAGGGCUCUGGGGGGUCAGAUCCCGGAUACCAUGGCACAAGAGUUUGAUAAGUUUGGAGAUCUGGACCACAUUCAGAUAGCCUCGAGAAGAGAGUGUGUCGAGGCCAGUGUGGAGAAAUGGACAGGACUCAUAGCCAUCCUUGAAGAGCUUUGGUUCUGGGUAAAGCUGAAAGAUGAGGAGCUGACAAGGCAGAGGCCGGUGGGAGAAGAUGUACAUACUUUACUGCAGAAACAAGGCUACUGCACGGCCUUGCACAGUGAGUUGACUGGAUGGAGACAGGAUAUGAAUCAGACAUGUCUGCCUCCGGCUGUUCAUCCUACAACAAUAGAAGUCCAGAGCAAUAUAGAGAUGGCUUCAGCGUUGAGCGUCCAGGAGGAGAAGAUUCGUCAGCUGGCUCAAGUGGUUCAGGAGCAGGCCAUCGAGGUCCAGCAGCACUGGGAGCGGUUCAGUGCCCAGGCCACCAGCUGGACGCACGAGCUUGACUGGGCUCUGGGGAAACUCCAGGACCUCCAGCAAGCCAUGAACCAACUGGACCUCGGCCUGGCUGAGAUAGAGAACGAGAGCUGGCACUCUGAGGAACACAGCAUGGACAACUGUGUGCUGGAGAACGUGGAAAAUAUUCUUGAUGAGUGUGUGACUGUCAUGUUGUUUGAGGAUCCUGUGGCAGAAAUAUUGACCCUCGGUAUCGAUCUGGGCAGCUGGAGAACAUAUAAUUAA